ACUAUACUCCUAAAUGAAGGAGCACAGUGUGGGACCUCAGCAUCCAAGUAAAAAAACGGCUAGCGCCAAAUCUAUUUGUGGCGGUCCACAUGAAUUGGUGGCGGGCCGCCACAAAUAAAUGAGAAAUGCUGGUAUUGUGUUUACAUCCCAGUUAGGGUUGGGUAUGAUACGUAGUUCAUAGGGUGCUGGAGCCUAUCCCAGCUGUUUUCGGGCGAGAGGCGGGGUUCAACCUGGACUGGUGGUCAGCCAAUCCCAGGGCACAUAUAGACAGACAACCAUUCACACUCACAUUCAUACCUAUGGACAAUUAGGAGUAGCCAUCCCAAAAGAGUAGUCUAUCCCAAAAGAGAUUUCCAUCGGGAAUCACAACACAGAGCGUAGAAGUGAGAACCACCCGAGGUACCUGGCGAUGAAGAUGCACAGCAGAAAGACGUGGUCGGCCCCGGCCAGCAGCAUGGCCACGCUCAGUCCGAGUUUGAGCAUAAAAAGCCAGCGGAUGACCCGGUAGACGCCGUGGCGCUGGCACAGGCUCAGGAAGUACAAAUUGUUGAGGUGGGGGGCCACGUAGGAGAUCCCUGCAGGGCGGAGAAUGGAGAUGAAGACCACAUUCUCUUGGCGCUAAUGUGCUGUGUCGUCGUUACCCAGGAGGAUGGAGCCCGUGGAGGAGGAGAUGUUGUCCGACAGGAGGUGUUCCAGGAAAAGGGGGAAGAAGUUGUUGUUGAAGUGGCAGUGAAACACCUGCAACAAAGGUGCCACCAAAAUAGUUGUUAUGCUAGGUUAUGCUAGGUGCUAGCUAUUUUUAUGACACCCUCAUUUCAGCAGGAGUCCAGGUAGUCCAGGUAGGCUCACCUGAAUGAGGUUCAUGGACACGAACCACAUGAAGUUCUUGUGCUUGGAGAGCUGUUUGAGGUACUGCCUGAUGGUGAGGGGGCGCUCUGGGCAGGUGAGAGGGGCGUGGCCAACCGACAGCCUGAGACGCAGAAGAAGAAGAAGAAGAACGUAAGACAUGCGUCUGUGGCAACGCUGUCAGCUUCCAACUUACUCUUUGAGCGCCAGCGCCUCGUCCUGUCUCGGACGAACGUCCAUCUCAAAGCGUUGCCGUAGCAACCGGGAGACAAGGAAGAAUCCCAAGAUGGAGAAGGCGGCCAGAGACAGGCAAAAGAGGCGGAAGGCGUAAAAGUCCUCCUUGUCCCAGAAGGAAUAGGACAGGAAGACGGAGAGAGAUCCCAGGGCGCUGAACACCGAGCAGUGGAAGUUGAGGCGCGUGCGGUCGGCGGCGGACACGGCCAGGUCGGCCAGCAGGGCGCUGUGGUGGAGGUCCACCAUGGUGAGGAAGCCGUCGUACAGGCACAGGCAGACCAGGAACUGCAGGCCCGGCGUGGCCCACGCCACCCAGAAGGCCAGGAAGGAAAGAGCCAAGAGCGGUCCAUUGGCAGAUAGCGCCUUCAGACGCUUCAGGACCACCUCUGGAGACGUGACCUGGGAGCCGGUCCUGGACCAAGACAAGCAGAGCAAGUUUACGUGACUUUGUAUCAGAAACGUCCGAGAGGAGGAAGGACGCAGACACUCACUGAGCAGAGCUGAGGAAGGCGCGAUCGCUCAGCCAACCGAAGAGAGGAUCGUUGAAACUGUUCCACAGCAGGAACACCGUCUGUGAGGAGAAACACAGUUGGAGGUUCAUACGACACUCAUUUAUCCUAUUUAACAUCACCCGAACGCCUCGCUCACCUCUCCAACCCAAAAGGAGACUUUGUCAAUCUUGUAGACGGACACAAAGGUCUCCACGUAGUAGAGCAGGAAGACAUUGUGGAGGACGGAGGUGAAGAGGGCCAAAGAGCCGUAGAGCACCCCGGUGGAGACCACGCCUUGCCAGCAGCCCCCGAUGCUCCGGCCCAUUCUUUCUUCCCCUCCGCUCCUGUCGAUCGGUCCUCCACGGGGUCACCGCCUCCUCAUGGCCUGCGGAGGCCAUUUUUAUUUAAAAAGUGGGCACGUGAAACUCGAGUCUUCUUCGAGCACCGGUGAGUCAGUGAAACUUGAGUCUUUAUCCAGCUCCUGGUAGUCAGUGUAAGUCAAGUCUUGGUUGAGUUGCCGCAACUCUGUGAAGUUGAGUCAAAGUUGUGUUGAGUCGGUCGAGUCUUCGUCAAGAACCCACGAGUCAUUGAAACUUGAGUCAUUCCCAACCCGUCAAUCAGUGAAACUCGAGCUUUCUUCGAGCACCAGUGAAUCGGUGAAACUCAAGUCUCGGUCGUGGAGCCACGACUCAGUGAAACUAGAACGUCUGUCAACUUGUGAGUCAGUGAAACUCGAGUCUUUGUUGACCUCCCACGAGUCAGUGAAACUCAGGUUUUCUUCCUGGACCAGUGAAUCAGUGAAACUCAAGUCUUUGUCAAGCACCCACGACUCAGUGAAACUGUAGCUUUUGUCAACUUGUGAAUCAGUGAAGCUCUAGUCUUUGUUGAGUGGCCACACCUCAGUGAAACUCACGUCUUCGUCGAGAACCCGUUAGUCGGUGAAACACGAGUCUUUGUUGACCUCCCAUGAGUCUUUGAGGACCAGUGAAUCAGUGAAACUCAAGUCUUUGUCAAGCACCCAAGACUCAGUGAAACUUGAGCGUUUGUCAACCUGUGAAUCAGUGAAACUCUAGUCUUCGUUGAGUAGCCACACCUCAGUGAAGGUCUAGCCCUCGUCAAGAACCCACGAAUCAUUAAAACUCGAGUCAUUACCAACCUGUCAAUCAGUGUAACUCGAGUCUUUGUCAAGCACCCCAAGACUCAGUAAAACCUGAGCGUUUGUCAACCUGUGAAUCAGCGAGACUAGUCUUGGUCUAGCUCCCCUGAGUCCGUGGAACUCAAAUCUUCGUUGAGUAGCUGCAAAUCAGCGAAACUUGAGUCUUUGUCAAGGACCCGUGACUCGUUGAAACUUGAGUCUUUAUCUAGCUCCAAAGAAUGAGUGAAAAUCCAGUCUUCAUCAAGCGCCAGUGAGUCAAUGAAACUCAAGUUUACAUCUACGUCAUGUGAGCAGGUGAAACAUGCAGGUGCUGUGAAGAGCUAUUUUCAGAACCAUAUUACAUAAUAUCAGUAUUAUUAAAAUAAUCUGCACCCGAUCGGAUUGGAACCCAAAUUUUCCUUUGUGGGACUAAUAAAGCAUAUCUUAUCUUGUGUCUCAGGACAUCCUUAAUUGUAUGUCAAUAAAAAAAGCGAGUAAAAAGGUAGCACUUUGGACACCCCUGCAAUGUACUAUGUUAUAGCACCCAGCAUAAAGUGGGUUCUCCCUAAUAUUCCCUGGGUUAUUCUGAAUUGGAGCAAAUUAUACCAGUUUACAUUCUAGAAGGUGGGGUCAUUCUGGUCUGUUACACAGGAUUCACACAUAUAUACCGUGUGUUCUUUUUUAAAAUCAAAUUUCUAGCAUUUCUAGCCUUGUGGGAAUAUGAUUAAUGACAUUUUAGAACAAUAUCAUUGCGACUGGAAAAGAGCUGCGUAGAGCAACAGUGUCAAAAACAUCUGCUAAUUCGCUCAACAGAUGAACAGGGUAGCUAAUCGUAGCCAAAUUGAUCACAAACCACUAUCAAAAAUGGAUAACCACAGAAUAGUUGGCUAGUCCGAGUUGAUAUGUCGAUUUAAGAUUCUAAUUCGAAUAAUUAUAGCCACUAAUAUCACUGUUGUGGUUGUUGAACACCCCGCCGACCUGUAGCUAUUAGCCACAGUUAGCGAGUUUAGCUAGUUAGCAUUGUUGACUUGGUAGCAAGCGCUUUUCGGUCAAUACAUUAUCAAUGUAUUUACUUUAAUCACAGCAAAGUACGUUCACAACAAAACGGAACAUACCUUCACUCAAGGGGAACGCUAACCAGGCCACCUGAGAGUGUUCUUGCUCGCUUGGUAACAGUCGUUUCUCGCGCCUGGGAACCAGCAACCGAGUACGGUAGUCCACGUCAUUACAACCCCAGCAGGGCUUCUCGUCGCCGGGGAGACGGGGGAGGAUUUGCGGUUAGCUUCUCCAACGUUGGAGGCGGGGCAGGAGAUAGGAGCAUGCACCUUUAGUCCAGCAGGGGGCAGACUAGUCAAGGCCACAACUUUACUCCUCUCUACUAUACUUGUACUCAGAUGUAUAUAUAUAUUUUUUCAUAUAUUUGUUAUUGUCGAGGGGGUUAAAUCUAUCACACAGUAUUAAUAGACACUGUAUUAUAGGGGUGAGUUGUGUACUCCAUAUCUUUAACAUUUUAUACUUUGCCACACAAGUAUUGAUACUAUAUAAUGUACAUAUAAGGCUGUGCUUAUUAUUUAUUUCUAUUGACCUUGAAAAUGUUAAAGGUAUUGGUGGUGGUAUCGGCAAAGACUGGGCAUGUACGAAUAUUUACUCGGUAUCGGAUCGAUACAGUAUCGCCCAUACAACCUGAAUUGUUUUUUCGUGAUCAUGUUGUGUAACUACCUGGCGUCACCACUAGAGGGCUCUAUAAAUUGACAGCCGCUGCUGUGCCUCCACUAAAACCACACAAGUAUUUUAUAGUCGGUUCGUCAGUUGUUAAAAUUCGCUUAUCUUUAAAGACGUAUCGUUACAGAGACAUUUGUUACAGAGAUAUGGUGGCUUACAGGUCUGUUAUUUAAUUGCUUCUGAGUCAACAUAUCUUGUAUAUUCCAUACAAUAUUGCUAAUGUUUGCCUCCAUUACCCCAAGAACUACGAAACAAGUUUCUAGCGCUAUUAGCUCGAAAGCUAGCAUUGGUGAAAUACUGCCUCUCGUGUCCGAGGGUGUUACUGCGCAUGCAACGUAACCGAGAUGAAUUGUGGGGCAUGUAGUUCAUAAUCACUGUGGUCCGCAACAAGACAAACAGUGGUUGUUUUUAACAGUUUGUAAGUUCUGUUGUGCUUUAAAAUUGUCAUGGGAGCAUUUGAGUACCAACAAAAGAUCUGAAAUUCACCGGAAGAGGAUGAAGUGUUUACUGUGUGUGGGCGGGGGUGUUCUCGAGUGUGGGAGGGAGGGACCACGGUUGGUUAAAGCCCAGCAGCAGCAGCAGCAGACCCACAGAAGCCGGUCGCUGGUCCCCGCGUACAGGUGCAAGACCGGGAGGGUUCCUGGUCCCGAAAAGCAGACAGGCAAGUCUAAUCCACUGGGAAUCUGGCAUAUUUGGACCCGUGUCUUCAACAUGAGACUCCUCCUCUUCCUCCUGAUGCUCCUGGCCGCCGCGUCCCCGCCGCAGGCCUUCCCCUUCAGCGCGUCUCUGGACGUGGACGUCACCCCGAGGACGACCGUCUUCGUCAAAGGCCUGCUGGGCAGCCAUCGCUUCACCGGAUCCACCCGGAACUACAGCACCCUGCUGCUGGAGGAGGAGGCGGGGCUUCUGUACGUGGGAGGAAGAGGAGCGCUGUACGCACUCAACGCGUCCAACAUCUCCACCCCUGCGAGCCCCCGAGUGGACUGGGAUGCUUCACCUGAGCAUAAGAGGCAGUGUCUGAGCAAAGGUCGAGACAAUAAGACCGAGUGCUUCAAUCACAUCCGCUUCCUGCAGCGCCACAACGAGACCCACCUGUACGUGUGUGGGACCAACGCCUUCCGCCCCCUCUGCGCUUACAUCGAUUCCGAACGCUUCAGCUUGUCAUCGGGCUUGGAGGAUGGACGAGACAGAUGUCCCUAUGACCCGGCCAAGGGAUACACGGGCCUCCUCGUGGACGGUGAGAUGUUCACGGCUUCCCAAUAUGAGUUCCGCAGCUCUCCGGACGUACGCCGCAACUUCCCGUUCCCCACGCUCAGGACGGAGGAGGCGCCCACCCGCUGGCUUCUGGAGGCGGACUUUGUGGGCUCGGCGCUGCUCCGAGAGAGCGUCAACAGCUCGGUGGGCGACGACGACAAGAUCUACUUCUUCUUCACGGAGAGGAGCCAAGAACAGAUGGCGUACCCCAGCCGCACCAAGGUGUCCAGGGUGGCCCGGGUUUGCAAGACGGACUGGGGCGGGCAGAGAACCCUGCAGAGGAAGUGGACCUCCUUCCUGAAGGCCCGACUGCUGUGUUCCGUCCCCGAGUACGAGCUGCACCUCAACGUUCUCCGCAGCGUGUUUGUCCUGCACGGCCGAGACGCCCAAAGCAGCGUCUUCUACGGCGUCUUCGGUCUGGAAUGGAAGAACAUCAAAGCCUCCGCCGUCUGCCAGUAUGCCUUCUCAGAUGUGCAGCAGGCCUUCGACGGGCCCUACAUGGAGGUGCAGGACUCAAAGUGGAGGGAGUACACGGGGAAGGUCCCCGAGCCGAGACCCGGAUCGUGCAUCACGGACGUGCACAGGUCCAGGGGCAUCAACUCAUCCCGAGACCUCCCCGACAACGUCCUCACCUUCGCCAGGAGGCACCCGCUCAUGGCCACCCAGGUGCACCCGACCGGGGCGCGCCCGCUCAUGUUCAAGAGGAGCGUCAACUACGUGCGCAUCGCCGUGCACAAGCAGGCGGCGCUGGACGGGAACAUCUACACCGUUCUCUUCCUGGGAACCGACGACGGCUGGUUGCACAGAGCGGUGGACGUUCGGGGGGAAAUGCACAUCAUGGAGGAGCUGCAGCUGUUCCCCGAAGCGCAGCCCGUGGAGAGCUUGGUUCUCGCUCCGACCCUGCGACAUAUCUACGUGGGCUCCCACUCCGGGGUCGUGCAGAUCCCCAUGUCAACCUGCAGCAGGUACACUUCCUGUUACGACUGCGUCUUCGCCAGGGAUCCCUUCUGUGGGUGGAGCGGCCAGGAAUGCGUGGAGGUGUGGGAUUCCAGGUGGAACCUCACCCAGGACAUCCUGAAGGGGACCAGGGGCUGCAAGGAGAAUUCUGGAAACGUCGUCCACCGGAGGCGCUCGGUGAUGUCGGGCGAUGACGUCCUCCUCCAGUGCGAGCUGCGCUCCAAUCUGGCGACGCCUCGCUGGACGCUCAACGGCAGAGAGCUCCGGGGAUACGGCCUGAAUUCGGGCUACCGCGUGGGCACAGAUGGCCUCCUCAUAAUCGGGGCCGGAGUCCAGCAGAGCGGCUCGUACCGCUGCUUCGCCGUGGAGAACGCCGUCUCCGUGCUGGUCUAUUUUUACACCAUCAGGGUGCACACGGAUCCGUACUUCCCUGCGGACCCCACGCCCGCGACUGAACCCACCUCGGCUUCCGCUACGACGGUGGCCGCCGCCACCAGCACCGGUCUCGCGGAGCGGCCCCCUUCCUUGCCCCCAGCCCCGCCGCCCUCGGGGCCUGAACUCCAAACUUACCGCCACAUGGAAGCGGUCUACAUCUCCCUGGUGGCCGUCCUGGGCGGGCUCUGCCUGGUCUUGACUGUCGUCUUGCUUUAUGUCAGUUUCUGCACCAGGCGGGCGACCCGGGGCAGGAAGUACUCCGAGCAGGGCCUGCAGGUCCUGGGCGGCAUGGAGAGGAAGCAGAGCUCCCACCUGGAGCUCCGAUCCAUUUCCAGCCACUACGGCAGCCACCACGGGCGCCGCUCCAUCUCUGUGCCCGCCUUCGAGGACAUCAACGACCGCUUCCUGCAGAUAGCCCCCGGGGACGGGCGGCUGUCUCCCGGGACGCCGCCGCCCCCUGCCCCUCCUCUGCCCAUGCCCCCUCCGCUGCCCAACAUGGAGUACGUCAACGGGCUGUCGGCCACGCUGCCCAGCGUGUUGCGCAAGAUGAACGGGAACAGCUACGUGCUCCUGAGGCAGGUGGACCAGGACGGAAUGUCGCCGCUCUACCACUCCUUCACCGAGGAGCUCAACCGCAUCCUGGAGCAGAGGAAACACACCCAGCUGGACCCGCAGCCCGACGAGAGCUCCAUCUAGGACGCGUGGCGUGGAUGUUCAUCUGAUCGUGUGGUCAGGGAUGAGCACAGGAGAACCUCAUGGGGUUCACGUGGUUCCCGUGGUUCCCGUGGUUCCGGCGGCGUUAGCGUUAACGUUACUUUAAAUACCUCGCUGCUGAUUCGUGGAACCCGGUGACGCCGCUAAGCAAUUGCUUCAGAUUCCACUCCACUUGAUGAGUGGAGCAGGACCACGCCCAACAUUUUCACUUCCGAUGUAACCGCUCCAUUCCUUUUCUCAGGAUGUAGAACUCUUUUUGUUUGGGAACUCCACUCCAUGGGACGAUACAAUCCAAGGCAAACGGGCUACUUUGUUAUGCGAAAUGACGCAAAAUUUGACCGAAAAUGUCCAACCAGGACGGAAUCAUACAAAGCGGGCGGGAUUUAAAGUGGGAGGAGUUAGCCUCGGGUUAAAAAUAGACAUUUUUAUGGGCAUAUAAAAACUGUACAUGGCGUUCUUAUGUACUGUAGACAGUCGUUUUUAGUCAAGUGGAAUCUGCAGAUGUACAGUAGAUGUUUUCCUUUCCCGUCACGUUCCUUCUUCUUAUGUAAAUAUCGAUAAGAACGCUUCGGCAUCCGCUACGGAUAUGUCCCGCCCGUGUCCGUGCAAAGCUCGGAAUCUGUCCACCAUCCCUUCUCACAUUUGUUUGGGUGCUUUUGGAGCUCAAGUGACGUCACACCCUGAAAAAGAGUUCCGGAUAAUGCUAUUUAUUUAUGCCCUUUUAAGGAUAAGUCUCCGGAAUAAUUGGGAAAAAGACGGAGACGGCUGAUGGUCGACGACCUUCACGCCGCGAGCGCAGCAUUGAUGGUGAUGGAUGGCCGUGCCGGGCGUGUCAUUUCCGUGGAAGUGGCCGCUAUUCAUCUGCGAGUGCUUUGUAAACGGGCGCUGAAUAAAUCCGGAAUUGGGCGGGAUUGAAA